AUGCAGUCUACGGCCAGCAAACUACUCCCCGCCAAGCGCGGUGGACUCUACCGACUGCAGGGGGACGAAUUGUGUACUGGGUUCAGUUUUCUCAAUGCGACGGCCUAUGCCAUCUUGCAGCUCAGGGAAGAAAUCACACAGCAAGCAAAAUCUGGAGCACUGACAGUUAAGGCUACUGCUGAAGGUGAAGCAUCCGCACAGACGGACCAUGUUGAUCCUUGGCCGCUUUUUCAAGGGGAAAGAAGCGUCCAAGGAUUUGGGCGUCAAGGAAGAUGCGACGUAGUAGCUCUAAGACAGAAAAUAGAAGAACGACGAAACGAGGCGGGCUUAGCGGGAAAAGAACCACCGAAAAGCUGUCAUCUUCAAAAAUUCUUUUUCCCUCUGCUGCUAGCGCUAGGGAGGGCGAACACUCCGCAAUUAUCGAAGACUUGGCAGAUCGCGACGCUCCCUCAUCUUUAUUGCGUGCAGGUGGAGGAAGGCCAAGUAUUUCAAGCAGUAGUAGCAGCAGCAGUAGUAGUAGCAGCAGUAGUAGUAGUAGCAGCAGCAGCGCCAGCAGCAGUAGCAAGCAAGGCGAUAGCAGUGCAAGCAAAGCGCAGGGCAGCGGUAGUGCUGGAAAGGUGCAGGAUCCACCGCCUCACGUUGGAGAAGCUGGAGGGAAGACAUCGAGCUCUUCUUCGGAGAACGACAAGGAGAAUAUUGCAAAGCCUGGUAAGCCACUUCUAGGUGUCAAAAAUGAUGCGGAGCUCAGAGUAGAUCCUGUCGACGUACAUCAAAAUGGACUAAAAAACACUGAGGACGAUAGCAACAGGAAUCCAGCGGCUGCUGUUGUAGCACGGCAGCCUUCUGAGAAGACGAAGAGAAAGACUACUACUUCUUCUACUGUUCUUUUACCACAGGAGCAGUCAAAACCAACUGCUGCUGAACAACACACAAAUGAUCCACUAGUUGCGCCUUCUUCUUCUCCAGUGACAAAGUCAAAGACAACAUUUCCCUCUGCUAAUGCGAUUGCGAACCACGCUAGGGUAGCAGUUCUAGAUAUCGACACACACCACGGCAACGGAACGCAAGAUAUCUUUUACGAGGACCCGAAUGUGCUGACUAUCAGCGUCCAUCGCGGUCAACUUCUGAUAUGAUUGGUGGUUGCAGCACUAGUGAAAUUGACAUUAAAGUUCAUCCUUUUCGACGUACGCUUGUUUCUAGUUCUACAGUCAGUCCCAGGAUCAGCACCUUUCAGUUUCAGGCUUCUGAUUCUUUAAAAUGGACACUUUGAAAUUGUUGUAGCAGUUUCAGAUAUACGCAUGCUGAUGCUUUAUUCUCGGGGUGGACCUCCCUUGUCAAUGAUAUCUUUGACCGAACGAACGUCUUAUGAUCGAUGUGGUCCAUCUCCAUCAUGUCGUUGUCCAUGCUAGGAAAAGCAAGCCCUCUACGUGUAUUUCCACCCCUUUAACUCUGUGCGAACGGACAGGCCUCAUGGACUUUGCCGGAUGUGGGAAAGGUGCUGGCUACAACAUCAACAUACACACGCUCUACGCAGACGGUGACUUUGUUGCGCUUGCUUAUCUCGAGCAUCUCAUUUUAUGAUUACUUACAAAUAACUUGAACUUGAUUGUCAUUCUCAACAUACUUUGUUGAUAAAUUAGUUUUAUUGCUAUGCUGCUUGUGGUUCUGGUUCUACUACUCCUACCUGGUACAACACCACAAAAAAUUAUGCUCAAGCUCUUUCACUUUCAAGUUUGGACAACUUUUUCUAACCACGACUUUCACAUGCAAAGCCAUGCUAAGUACAUUUUUUCUCAGCCAAACUUAGAAUUGUUGAGUCAACAUGAAGUAGCUUUCAUGUCCACUCCCAGUGCUGACGCAGUUUCGACCAGACUUGAUAAUCGUUUCGCUGGGUUACGACGCACUAGGCACUAGCGGACCCCUGUGUCCUGGUUGCGAUGCCAGAUGGACGCCAGAAGUAUACGGUCGAAUCAUCCGCGAAUUGAGACUGAGAGUCUGUUAUGAAGAAAAUAUCAACAAGCUCUUGAUGUGAGAGUAAGAGUAAAUGAAAGUAGAGGGCGCUUGAUGUGAGAGUAAGAGUAAAUGAAAGUAGAGGGCGUAGUGGGUGAAAUUUUCUAAUUUCUUUCGCGUAUUGUCCUGAAUUCCGAAGGCGGUUAUGACGUUAGCCUUUGUGGCGCAGCGGCAGUCGAAUCCGUGAAGGGACUUUUGCUCGACGCGCCAGACGAAACGACAACAACUAGUUCAGAGGAAUCUUCAAGCGCGAUUAUGUCAGCUGCUUGCGGUUUACUCAUGUAGUAGAGACUCUUCCAUACUAACUAUAAGUGGUAACUUUUUCUCAAGUGGCUGCACAGCAACAGUCAUGAAUGCAGACUUUUGCUUUCCUACUGUGCUUCAUUAAUCAAAAAACAAGAAAUAUAUGGUCGCUGUUUUCUAACACAUUGAAGUGUAUCUUGUCGGAAACAACUGAUACUCAUACUUACGAUUCAUUGUUCUUCUUUUCUAACAAGUGCAGCGGAAACCACUCGAGAUCGCACGCAAAGUCUCCGAUACACCGAGUAAUCCAGACACGAUCGCGAACAGCUGCUGCACGUGCUGAGGCAGCACAAGAAACAGCAAUCCCUGGUGACGCAGCCGACCCUAGGAAUCUAUACGGUGUCAAACUUAAGGCUCGAGUUGGACUUGUCACAUACGCUCACAACAACGCUCUCUCUCUCUCUCUCUCUUCAUGUUUGUGUGUCGUGUAGUACCUUUUUAUGACGGUUGUAGCCCGUGUAGUACCUUUUUAUGACGGUUGUAGCCGAGCGUAGUCUCUCUCUUCAUGUUGUGUGCGUAGUCGUCUUGCCUGUAAUGUCACUGGUUUGACAUUCUUGUGAUCCUUCGAGUUUCCAUCGGCAUCAACAUGGUACCAUUAAAUUUGCUCACAAGUUCUUCAUUAUAUAUUAAAUUUCCGAAUUUACUAUCCUUCCUUUGUCUUUUCCUAGUUAGCUUGGCUCCACCCGUAUAUUAAAUCCAUUAGUUUUGCUCAACAAGUUCUUCAUUAUUAAAUUUCCGAAAAAUUCAUUGACGCUCUUCCUCUUCUAAUUUUUCUGGAUUAUUGCCUUUGCCGAACAUGGCGAAUCUGCUCUGUCAGCGCAUCCAGAACUAUAGACGGUUCUUUGGCAGAUUUGGGUGGACCUUCCCAGAACUCAGUGCCGCAGCAAUAUCCGCAAUGAGGCAACGGGAACAGGAGUUGCGUGAGCAGUUUUACGCGGCAACAACAAGCGACGAAUCCAAUGCAGAGCGACCUUUUGCUUGAAAGAAGAAACAGAAACACCAUACAGGCUGUCCUACUAUGUUGUACUAUGUAUAUGUAUAAGAAAGUGGAACCCAUUUACAUAUUAUCCACUGGAUGGUUCCGGUAUUUGGUAACCUGAAUUUGAAGAUGACAAGGAUUCUCUUCUUAUUUUCCCUCAUGAUCGAAAUCAGGACCACGAACACAACGCACUUUUACUAGGUAGUCCAACGUUAAUUUACGCUGCUUUUAUUAGCUAUUCAUUGAGAAAAAAAAAAUCAUCUUGUUGAACCCAAUUACUCAUUAGACUUGGUCACGACUAUUCGAAGGGACUAACAGCACUAAAGAUUGAGACUUCGUUGUACACACCGACGGAAACUCGUUUGAUCAUCUCGUUUAAUCAGCUACAGCUUGAAAAAGUAAAUGCACGAUAAUGCUUUGUUGAUCCAUAGCAAUAGAUAGUUAAUGCUAAUGCUUCAGUUUGCAAAUCACUAUGGCUCUAGCUGUCCUAGAAGUCGCCCCUCUGACAGAAUGGAGCUGGAGCGGAAGGGGUCAAUCUUUUCGCAGUUUCUAAUCAUAAAAAGAGGACACCGAGAACAAGAAUACAGCAAGUUUUUUAGCACCCCUCGAUGACAUAUAUUACCAUUUAGAUGUUGAUGAACUCGUCAACAAAAAGUGAGUUUUCAAUUUUACAUUUACAUUUCUUGUUGGCAUCUCUCUGUUCGAUCAUACGUCUUCAAUCUCAUAUGACUGAAUAUGUAUCUUUGUCUUCCAUAUUGUUGUGACAUCAGAACCACUAAGUCUACGUUCGCUAAAUUCAUUUUGGGCGCAAGAUCAUAGUACCACAUCCCUAUUUGAAAGUAGCCGCUGAAAUCUGCCACAUCGGAUGGUAGAUCUCACCCUAACCUAACCUGAUCGUUCAUACUACAAGAAGUACAGAAGAUCUUCAUAUGGUGUAUAUAAUUUUUGCACAGACGAACUAGAACUACUGGCUCAACGAAUAAUCAUACCAUAUCCAUACCCAUGAAAGCUCAAAACCGGAAGAAAUCUUUGCAUAUCAAUGUCUUGCCCUCCAUCUCCACACGCUGUCCUUCCUGCAAGGGGCUUGAUGAUCGAUGUUAGGACAUCAACGUCUAGGUACGAGACAAUAUCCAAAUUGAUUUUUACAACAGUUUUUCAAAUCAAAACACCAACUGUAGCUGCUGCACAGGAGUCUAAAAUCAUUGAUGUACAGAUGAAGAAGCAACCCCGAUUAUUGGUACAACUGAAACUUACAGAUCUAGUAUCAUGUCGAGAUUGACCCCAAUGAUAAGUGAAUACAUGAUCCCCAGAAGAGCCAGAAACGAAGAUAACCUUUUCCCGUAAUCAUCCCAUCAUGGAAGCUACGUCCAUGUCGAGUCACAGAGAUCGG